GAUCCAUCAGUUGCUGUGUCAUGGUCCCAAUAAAUUGUUAAUUAAUUGCUUGCACUUUUUCAUCAAAGAUUAAGUGGUUUUAGAUUCUAUUUUAGAGGAUUUAAUAUUGUCUUUUCUCCAAUGUGAUCAUUAAUGGAUGUCAUGGCUGUUAUUUGUUUACCUGAUCAUUGGUACUAUGUUUUCUCCAUGUUGGCUGAGGGACUCUUUAACCUUAUGGCAACAAGUUUGCUUGAAGAAUUGGCCAUUGGGGAUUUCUUUGUACGAGGAUGAGAUUAAUGGAGGUUAUAUGAAUGUAUAUGUAAGCUGGUAUAAAAAUUAGCCUUUUUAUUUUUCAGGUGCUUUGGGUAUGGUCUAAUUGGAUAACUGUCCUUUCGCUGUUGAAGUACCCGCUGGUUCCUCAAUAGGGUACAACGCAGCUGUGCUGUGGAGUCAGAUCCUCUUAAAGUUGGCAGAAAGGAAUUUGCCUUUGUUUGAAUAAAUAUGAUUGAAAUAGAGGAGCAAAUAAUCUGCUUAUUGUGGAAUCCCUGUUUAGAGUUGUGUUCUAAACCAAUAUGCCUUCUGCUGUCACCAAGUUUGUGGGUUUAUUUGACAAGAGAGAAAGUUUCUCUUGGACUUAGACGACAGUGCUCAUAAUUUCCUAUAAUUAUGUAAGGAGAGAGUUUCGCAGGCAGCCACUAUGGACCACAACUUGUGGAGCAGGGUUUGUCUAUGAUUAACACAAGGACAUACAAAUAUACGUUAAUCAUCUCAAAGGUUUUAUGGUAGGCAAUCCAGAAGCCGAUUAUUAUUAUGAUUAUAGUGCGUUGCCAAGAUAUGCUUGGACCUGUUAUGUGAGACCAAACCAGCUCUACCUCAAAGCCAAACAAGUGUAGUCUUCAAAGUCUCCAUACUAAUUUGCCUGACCCUGAUGAGUGCAACAAAAUUUCAUGAACAAAGUCUUCGAAGAAUAUACAAAGACGGACAUUUUUAGAAAAAGGAGAAACAUCAUCAACCAUUUCUCUUGGAUCCAUGGUAACUAGAUGGCUGGUUUUAGCAUGUUCCUUUAGAAUUGCAGCAUUGAUCUUGCUGAACUUUGGACCUUAUGCGUUGCUCUCCUUCUGGCUUUAGAACUUAACAUUAACAAUACCAGUCACCACCCUCGUAGGAACAUCAUCAAGAAAAUCACUGGCACUACCAAUAAUAGGACGUGGAGCCCGACCGUUUCACAGCUGAUUGGAUGGCUAAAAAUAGUCUUGAAAUCAUCAACUUGUGUUUGAAAUCCCUUCCAAGAGUAUUUUGGCUUUUCAUUCUGGCUGAUGCUGAUGGUAUUGCAUCCCUAGAAUUACUAAAUAAGUCAUACCCUUUUGAGUCUUGAAGCAUAUAUAUCAUGUAAGGCUUCGGACAUCAGCACCCUGUCAAUUUCAGAACAUUGAAAUUCAGAGUUCAAAUUCGGAUAAUUAAUAUAUGUGAUUUAAUUUG